GGUAAACUCUGGAGUGGAUUCCGACUGGCAUGUCGGGCACUGUGCUACUUCUCUAACUGGACUGGACUGCACAGAGGGGUGAUUGUACACGUUUCCGAGCAACGAGUGUUUCAACCUGAAGAUUUGCCAAAGAACGGUGCAGGAUGAACAGAGAUGCAGAGGUAUGGCGAUCGGGAGCAGGACCACAGGAUAAACUAGUUUCAGGGAUAUAUAUGGAGGCACCCAUGGAAGGCAUCCCUCAGCGAUACCGCAGCAUCCUGGGUCCUCUCUCCCUGUUCACUGAAUGCACGCAAAACCAAGGCAGGGUUGAGGAGCAGCGCCCUGUUAUUCCUGACCUGGAGGGACCGAGGGUGACCCCUACCUCCCUGAAGGAGCUGUGUCACCUGGUGCAGUGUAGGAUACAGGGACAGCCUGCUCCCUCCUCUACAUCCCAUGAAGAUCGGCAGACACUGGCAGAGUUGCUCAUGUCAGAGCUGGGCCUGGUUUGGCGUGAUCUGAAUGCACUGAGCAGUGACCCAUCCCUGUCCCAGAAAGAGAACAAUCAGCUUCACAGCGAGAUCUUUAGCGAGGUCAUUCGGGUCUGCGAGGAGAUCUACAUUCACUGCCUUCAAAUGCUGGAUACUACGAGCGAACGUGCUAUUUUCAGCAACCAGGCCAACCUCAUCCGUGUCAGGGCACAGAUGGCCAUGGCCUGCAGCAGUCUUUUAAACAUCCACACCAUCAAGGAGAAUGUUACUCUUGGAAUCAAGACAAUGAGGAAGAACAGGCUCAGUGCUGCAGAAAGCAAUGAACACAGCGAACAGGGGUUGCCAGACAUGCACUCUACUCCCCGUAGGAUGAACCUAUCGCAGCAGCCCAAGUCUAGUCGUGCAAAAAGUAGGCCAAGCCAGCAACAGAAGGACACCAUUGAGAAUGACCUAAAAGAGAUCACAGAGAAGAUUGAAGAUCUGGACUUAAAACUUGUGUAUGAUCUUGUUACUUUUCCCACGGAGAUUACUAAUCGGGAAGUCACGCAGUGUGUUGCAGAGAACACACACGGUGCAGUAGGUCAGAAGGAUGACCUCACCACUAGUCCACGCCUCUGCAGAAUGCAGAGUUGCAGCUCAAUGCCAGAGCUGCAGCAGCAGAUGUUGCUGGAGGAGAUGCAGAUGGAGGGGGCGGCAUCUCGCCCCCAGACUCCGCUGGUGUUACCCGCCACUCCUCCCAGCCCUGAACCAGCUAAACCCAUAGACCCAGCUGAAGACCUGAGGAGGCUGUUAGAGGACAGUGAUCCUCAUGAGAAGAUGAGGCUUAAAGACCCUGAAGCGGACGUCCCCCCUCUGAUCAAAGCCCUGACCCACCGCAGCUCCACUAAACCACAGCUCCUGCAGCAGUCUCUGCAGGAGGAACACUUACCAAGUCAGUUGGAGAAUGAGGAGAAGACGGCAGAGAAGGUCCUGGUGGAGGAACCAGAGCACCCCCAGUCAGCGGUCGUCGAUGUCAUGUUCCCUCCAAACUUCAUGGCCCGCUUGGCUGUGGCACGGGUUACUGACAGGGUGUACACAGAUACCAUCAGCAUGCAGCCGUACCCGCCCAUCUGCAACCACCUCACCGGGGAGCUUGACUUCUCCUCUGUGGAAUGGCUGGAUCGCAACCUGUUUGAAGGAGCGGAAAUAACUGAAGUUUACAGGGAAUUAUCAGAGUCUAUUUCAUCCAAGCAUCUGGAAUUUGACAACGACCCCAUUUUUGAGCCGGCCAUGGAGGAUACCAGCUUCAGGAAAUCACCCUCAACCAAGAGAAAGAGACCAUGUUUCAUCAACCCUGAGUUGAAGGGACAGAAUCCUGCUAAAGUGUCCCAGAGGAGAAGGACCAAAAAUCAGCCGUACCAUGAGAGACCGCAGGAUGUUACAUCACGGGAGUACAAAGUCUGGCUGCAGUGGUGGAAGUCCCAUCUGUCUGUGGAGGACUAUCUGAACUAUAUCUCCACCCAGGAGUUAGAUUACCUGGGAGCAGUGUUUCACCUCUAUGACAGUGAUGAUGACGAAAGCAAGACUAGACCUCUCACACUUCAGCAGAAAGAGAGUAAAAAGCGAAAGGAGAAGAUUGAUGCUCUGAAGAGUAAAAAGGGUGAAUUUGAGACGGGGUUGUGGAACGUGAACUCUGUCAUGCUCGGGGGACUCGGGAAGGAUCCAGAACUGGAGGAGCGGGAUAAGGGCAGCCAGCGGGUCCAGAGACCGGAGGGAAAUCAACUGCAGAUGCGACUGGAGAAACUCUGGAGAGCCCUCUGCUUCCCGGAGGGAAUGAGGCAGGACAUGGCCCUCAAAUACAGCUCCAGCACACACAGGGACCAGCUUCAGGAGGCCAUUGUGGAGUGGGAGCGCACCGCACAGUUGAUCCAGCAGAGGGAGACUGUGCUCGCCCAACUGGAGCAGUUUGAGAAGGACGCCUCGGACCCCAACAGGUUCUUCCAGCAGGGUUAUGGAGGCUCAUCCAAGGCAAGGAUGGAUGAAUCAAAGCACAGGGAGAAACUAAACUCCCAGAUGUCCGCCCUGGAGAAGGUGCUCCAGAGGUCCAUACAGGAGAUUAAAGAGCAUUUCAAUGACACAGUGACAUACAGGGGCAGGCCGUACAAGGAGAAGAUGCGCUGGGACCGUAUUGAGAUGCUGUACUGGCUGCAGCAGGAGCGACGCAUCCAGGCCCUGGAGAAGGUGGUGGAGGGUGCGGGGGCUAUUCCCGCCAGACUCCCUCCACUGGAGUCACGGCAGAAGCGCUCCUGCACAAACCCCGCAGAAAACCCCCACCCGGAUCCUGAGCCACACUGCCAACGCUUGCUCUGACACUGCCUCCAACAUGUAAACAAAUAAAUGUGAUUCUCUGACAGUACAUCUUUACUUUCCGUCUGAAGACAAGUGGUCAUAUUACAUUACAUUACAUUACAUUACAUUAUUGGCAUUUGGCAGACACUCUUAUCCAGAGCGACGUAUAGUUGAUUAGACUAAGCAGGAGACAGUCAUCCCCCG